AUGUCUGCCAUCUCUUCGUUGCCAAUAAUAGAUCUCACACCCUUUCUCACUCCCACUUCAACUCUCUCUGAAAAACAAGAGAUUGCGAAAGCACUCUAUACUGCCUGUCAUGACGUCGGUUUCUUCUACCUUACAGGCCAUGGAGUUCCAGAAGAACUACAAAAUGAAGCUCUUGAGAGAAAGGAGAUAGAUGAGGGAGGCGAUGGUGCAAGAGGCUGGCAGAAGCUGGGCGAGAAUAUCACUAUGGGAUCAGGGGAUUGGCACGAAGCCCUUGACUACUACCACCCACCUCUCUCGGACACCCCUUCUGGCCCCCCCUACGAUAUUGUCCAGGGUCCAAACCCCUGGCCGGAAAAACCUUCACAUUUCCGUUCCCUCUACGAGACCUAUAUCGCGGGUCUUCACACUGUUGGGCACGCCCUUCUCCGCGCCAUGUCGCUCGCCCUAUCCUCCACUGAGGACCUCUUCACCCCGCACCUUACCUCGCCAUUCUGGUGUCUCCGCGCCAUCGGAUACCCUCCGCUACCUGCCACUUCUCCGGGUAUCAGCUGCGGCGCACAUACAGACUACGGGUGUACAACCUUCCUGUUAGCUGACGAGACGCGGGGCGCACUGGAGGUCCGGGAUAAGCAAGACGGAUGGAUAGGCGUAGACCCGUUUAAGGGUGCAUACGUGGUUAAUAUCGGGGACAUGUUGGAGAUAUGGACAAACGGACUAUGGAAGAGUACGGUGCACAGGGUUGUGCAUAGAGGAACAGGAUUUAGGGUCAGCGUUCCGUUCUUCUUUGAGCCGGAUUGGAAUGCGAGAGUGGAGCCAUUGCAGUGUUGUCUGGAGAAAACGGGGGGAGUGAGGAAGUAUGAGGCCAAGGUUUAUGGUGAGCACUUGGCGGAGAGGGUAAGGGGGAACUUUUACCAAGGUGGACCAGGGAAGGUUUUGAAGGACUAG